GGAUCCACAGGAACCAAGCCCCAACAGGGACCCAAGACACCUCGGAUCCCAUGCAGACAACGCACGACCAUGGCCGCUACCGCUGACGCCAAUGCAGAAGCCAGCCCCAAGAGGCCGGUUGCUCCUCCUCUGCCAGUUCGGCAGGCAGAUGAAACGCAACGAGCGUUUCUGGAACAUCUCCAGCUAUACUCGGAGAUUACUGCAGCUGAACUGCGCAAAUGGAAACAGGAGGAAGCAGCCCGCCAGCAGGCAAUCCAACGCCAGCUGGCAGAGGCAGAGGCAGCACGUCAACAGGCCGCAGCCGAAGCUGCAGCAGCAGCAGGUCGAGGCAAGUCAGAAUCAAGCUCGUUACCAGACCACAAUGGACCUUGCAAAGGACGAAGCCACAUACCGCAGGCUACUUCGACGACAGCAUUUCCAAGCAACCGAAGACCAAGAAGAGCCGACCGAGGAAGAGAGCAACAAGGAAUCCACAGCAGUAUUGAUGGAGAACCUGUUGUACACGUGCAACUGGAAGCAACGCAAACUGCUGGCCAUGCGACAGAUCUUCAUCCGCUACGAAGCAACGUUUCGGACGCAGGAACAGAAGAUCACCGCCUUGCAGAACGCGAACAGCCAGCAGCAGGCCAUCAACGACCAGCUGCAGACCACUGUCAGUACAAGAUUGGCACAAUUGUCUGCAGUUGAGUCAACGGGCAGUGCAGCUGUAGACUGCAGCCCAACUUUGGCCGCUCAAGCCAAACAACUCGAGGAGCGGAUCAACCACAUCGUAGCAUCCCUUGGCGACAUCAGCAAGUUUGCUGGAGCAUCGACAGUCAGCAAUCAGCUGCAGACGCUCAGCGACUGCGUUCAGCAACAACCGGCCGCCGUCACCAAAGAAUGGAAGAUGCCAAACUUCAAGAUUGAGAAGUUCGACGACUACCACAAGACCGAUCCGCUGCAGUGGUGGAUGUCAUUCAAUGCAGAGGCAGACGUACAUCACGUCCCGCCCUUGCGACGGCUUGACGCACUUUACCUCCAACUUAUCGGAGGGGCGCAAGCUUUCAUGACGCACAUGGCCGUCACGUUACAAUGCACCAUCGCCACCCUCCACACCAAGAUAACGUGGGAGGAAUUCGAGAAGAAAUGAAAGACCCGGUUCAUGGUCAACAACGAUAAGCCUCAUGCCUUGAACAAGAUCUUCCGCAUGUUUCAAGGCCAACAACCAUC